CCGACAUUCACGCGCGACUCGCCAAUUAUUUUAACAGAAAAUCUCGUAUAUGUCGGCCGUGUUUUACUGUUGGUUUUUAGUCGUCGUUCUUGUAUAAGUGGUAGAAAGUGUCCGGCAGUUGUGCGUGAUUCAAGGAAACUGUGCGCUAGUUCAGCAAUAUGGCCGCGAGAGUAAUUUUCGUUACUUUGGCCCUUUUCGGCAUCGUAAGUGCUGGUGUUCUGGUGCAAGAUGCUCCACAGUGUCCCGAGCAGCACGGUGUACAAGCCUACGCCCAUCCGGAGUCCUGUAACUUAUUUUUCCUUUGCACCAAUGGCACAUUAACUGUGGAAACAUGCGAAAACGGGCUAUUAUUCGAUGGAAAAGGUGCCGUACACCAUCACUGCAACUACAACUGGGCCGUUCACUGCGGAGAUAGGAAAGCCGAUUUAACUCCGAUCAGUAGUCCCGGAUGCGAAUAUCAAUUCGGUAUUUACCCAGAUUCCGCUUCCUGUUCCACCAAUUACAUUAAAUGUGCCUACGGUGAACCCCAUCCGAAUGCAUGUGAACCUGGUCUGGUUUAUGACGAUAGGAUCCACGGGUGUAACUGGCCCGAUCUUCUCCUGGAAACAUGCAAUCCUGAAGCUGUUGUGGGCUUUAAGUGUCCCACUAAAGUGCCUUCCAAUAGUCCGGCUGCCAGAUUUUGGCCUUACCCCAGGUUUGCUGUACCCGGAGACUGUCACAGACUUAUCACUUGCGUCAAUGGUCAUCCCAGGCUUAUCAGUUGUGGCGAAGGAAAAGUUUUGGACGAUAAAACUUUGACUUGCGAGGAGCCCGAGAAUGUACCCCAGUGCUACAACUCCCUAAGAAAAUAAGUUUUGGUUUAGACUGUAUUUCCAAAUUUAGUAGAUUAUUUUCUUUAAGUCAGAUGUCGUGUUUUAAGUUUUUGUUAUCAUUUUUAUGUAAAUAGAUUUUUUCACUUCGAAUUUUAUUUUAACGAGCUCAUACUUUGUAAAUUGUGAUUUUUUUGUAAAAAAAAUUAAAUGUUUCUUAUUCAAUGAAUUAAAAGACCGAAUUUAACUUUCUUUUAAA